AUGCAGGGCAGCAAGGACUUGCCGACCUGCGAGACCAACAGUGCUUGCGAAACGUACAUGCUAACCCAUCCGAAUAGGACGCAUUUUCGCAGAAGCUGUCUCUCUCGCGAUUUUCCGGUCUUCAUGGGCUGCCGCCGUGAAAAAUACGAAGAGUACCAGGAAGAGCUAUGGACCUGCAAUUGUAAAAGUGAUCUGUGCAACAACUUGGAUGAAGCCGCGCUGAAGGCCAAGGCGGCCACCUCAUCCAUCCCCUACCACAUCGCCAUCGCCGUCGUCGGCGCCAUGCUGAUCGCCUUUUUC